AUGGGUCAUGGUUUUCAGAUUCUCCACAUGAUUUUUGUCAUCAUUUUCAUUCUUAUAUCAUACCAUUGCACCCACAAUUUGAUUGUAAAAGGCUCGUUCGCAUUACCAGGAGGGUAUGGAAAUGAAGAUCAAAAGGCCUUAAUUUUGGAGAAAUUUAGAGUUUUGUUGGGACUCAAGAGCUUCCACAUAAAUGCCUACUCACCGACACUGGCACCAGCCCCGGGACCUUCCCUGGAAUUCAACAUUGCGACUGAUUCUCCUGCUCCUACUCCGGUGCUGCAUCCGCAUGGACAUUCUAGACUUCCCUCGCAUCACUAUCAUCAGCCGAUGCCUUCGAUACACAAGAUGCAAAAGGAUGAUAAAGGUACUUCUACAAGAGUUUUGACAGCAGUUCUUGUUACUGUUGGAGUUACCUCUCUAUUAUUAUGUGCCAUUGGGCUCUACUGGGGCUGCCGGAAUUUCGGAAGACGAAAAAAGAGAUCGAAAAGGACCCUAUCUGUAUUCAGCACUGAGGCAGGAAUCACUGGUAAAACAAAGUAUACGAGUUCUCAAAGCUCUGUGAAAAAGGUAAGUUCUGAUCCAGGCCCUGACCUUUUUUACCUUAAUUCCUUAGAAACUGCAUUAGAACCGGAUAAAUUUUGCUCGAAACUGAAUUCGAACACUCAAAACACAUACUCGAAUCAAAGCACGAUAAAUUGUACAAUGCAAGAGAGUGAAGAACCAGUUAAGGAACUUGUAACAUCAGAAUGUGAGAAUGAUAGAUGUUUGGCUGUUGGAGAAAUAAUCUCUGCCUGUGAAAUUUCUGAAUAUAAGUGUGAAUUCGAUGGCUGUAACUCUUCUUCGUGUGGUGAGAAAGUAAUUCCUGAAGAAGUUCAUUCAAUCGACAAUAAAUUUAUUACUGAGGAAGAUAAUUCCUCUGAUGAUGAAUCUUUCCAUUCUGUCUGUGAUUCACAUUCCUCACAUGCUAGACUUUCCAAUGCCUCAGCCUGUAGUCUUAGUGACAACUCAGAAAUUUUCUCCCAGAAUGAAUCAAAGGCAUCCCAUUUUUGUGAAGACACUACAACAGAGAAUCCAAUUCAAAUUUCGCAUCCCAAAUCAGAACCUCCCUUGUCCCCGAGCCAGUCAUCGCCUCCUCCACCGCCACCCCCUCCUCCACCGGUGAAACGUAUUUAUCCUUAUAAGUCUAUCCCUUCUUUAACAAAGAGGGUACCUAACCUUUUGAGCUUAUCAUCAUCAGAAUCAAACAAAACCCCACAUAUUGGAUUAUCAUUACCCCCUCCUCCACCGGUUCCUCCCAUAGCUCAGACAGGAAUUCCUCCACCACCAAUUCCAAAAGGAAAUGCCAACCCUCUUAAAAUCCCACCACCUCCACCAUCUCAUCUCACUCAACAUACGCCAUUGGGCAAAGACGGAGCCCCAUUGCCAAAGCUUAAACCGCUUCAUUGGGACAAAGUUAGAGCUGCACCAGAUUGUUCGACAGUGUGGGACAAGCUGCGAACAAGCUCAUUCGAGUUUGAUGAGGAAAUGAUUGAAUCACUUUUCGGUUACAACCUUCAAAAUACGAUGAAGAAUGAUGAAGUUAAAAGUAAAACCCCAUCUCCAAGCAAUCAUGUCCUGGAGCCUAAGAGACUACAAAAUAUAACUAUACUUUCGAAAGCCUUGAAUGUUUCCACAGAACAAGUAUGUUCAGCACUACUUCAAGGGGAUGGAUUGUCAUUGCAAGAUUUAGAGGCACUAUCAAAGAUGGUGCCUACUGUUGAAGAGGAGGCUAAGCUUGCAAACUACAAAGGAGACAUUACUGAAUUGGGAUCAGCAGAGAAGUUAGUCAAAGCCAUGCUUAAGGUGCGGUUCGCUUUUUUAAGAAUUGACGCGAUGCUGUACCGAGAAACUUUUGAAGACGAGGUUCUCCAUCUCAGAAAAUCCUUCUCAAUGCUUGAGGAGGCUUGCAAGGAGCUCAGAUCAAGUCGACUCUUCCUAAAACUACUCGAGGCAGUGCUUAAAACAGGAAACAGGAUGAAUAUUGGAACAAUACGAGGAGGAGCGACAGCUUUCAAGCUUGACGCUCUCCUUAAGCUUGCUGAUGUGAAGGGAACGGAUGGAAAAACAACACUUCUUCAUUUCGUCGUCCAAGAAAUUAUCCGAUCAGAAGGAUUACGAGUAUCAGAGAGCAUCAUGGGCAAGAUCAACCAAAGGAGCAAGACCUCAAAAAUUGAAGAUAAGGAAGAAAGUUACGGGAGAAUGGGUUUAGAUCUUGUAUCUGGCUUAAGUACUGAACUCUACAAUGUUAAGAAGAUGGCUACAAUAGACUUGGAUGUUCUUGCAAGUUCCGUGUCGAAUUUAUCUGAUGGAAUGUGUAAACUGCAACAUCUAGUACACAAGAUCCUCGAAAUGGAGGGUGAAAAUGGGAACUUUGUGAACUCAAUGAGAUCAUUCCUUAAAUAUGCUGAAAUGAAGUUAAACGAAUUGCAAGAAGAUGAGAAUGGAGUCCUACUACACGUACGACAAAUGACCGAAUAUUUUCAUGGAGAUGUGAGCAAAGAUGAAUCGAAUCCACUUCGAAUUUUUGUAAUUUGUCGCGGCAAUGCUCCAGUCAGUGGGCACACAAAUCUUAUUAUUGGAUCCGAGUUUACAUUUUCUAUCAAAGGAUUGAGUUGUUGGGUGACUCGGGUCGAGAAGAAUGUCAUUUUUGAAACUCUGCCUCAAGCUGGAGGAGGCAUUGGUGGGGGUUAG